AUGGCAAGUGCAGUGGAUGCAGCUGGAGAACCAGUUCCUACCUCGUCUGUUUUAAUGGCGGCAUCCAAGCAUAUCGGGUCUCGAUGCCGUGCUGAGAAUGUGGCUUUUCUGAUGUGCAAGAAAGACGAUCCUAACCCCGAGAAGUGCCUCGACAAGGGUCGCCAAGUCACGCAAUGUGUGUUCCACCUGUUGAGAGAUCUACACCAAGUGUGCAACAAAGAGCUCGACUCGUACUCAGGGUGCAUGUAUUACAACACCAAUGAAUUCGAUCUUUGCCGCAAAGAGCAACAAGAGUUCGAGAAAGCAUGCCCCCUUUGA